AUGAUAGGCCUUUGUCACAACGAUUUUUUGGAUAGUAGUAUAAUCAGAAAAUGCCUAUUCGGACAAAGCUCACCGAAUGAUACCAACGUAAAGAAUUACCUUCCUGUUUCUUCUGUUUUAACCAACGAGACAUAUCAAAAUAGGUUCUGUGCAUAUUGUAAUCUGGAGCAGGAAAUAAAAGUGAGUCAGCUUCCGGAUAUGUCUAGGUCUUCAACCUGUCGACAUCAUCAGAAACGUUUUGUUAUUUACAUAAAGCUUUCAAGUCUGACAGGAUUGGCUUGGCUCUUUGGAUUUAUUGCUGAAAUAUCUCACUCGGAUAUCUUCCUGUCGGCUUAA